AUGGCGGAUUUCGAGGAGUUGCGGAAUAUGGUAUCAAGUUUUCGUGUUUCUGAACUACAAGUGUUGUUGGGGUUUGCUGGACAUAAUAAAAGCGGGCGGAAACAUGACCUCCUGAUGAGAGCACUGCACUUACUGAAGAUCGGCUGCAGCCCAGCAGUUCAGAUAAAAAUCCAAGAACUCUAUAGGCAUCGGUACCCAAAGACAAUUGAAGGACUUUUGGAUUUAUCGGCUAUAAAACCCACCGUUUUCAAUCUGGACAAUAGUUCCUCUCUUGUCGAGCCUGAUCUCACUGUUGCUGGCAUUCACCCACUCCCUUCUACUUCGGUCACACCUCAGUCUUCUUCCUCACCUGUCAAUUCUGUGCUCCUCCAAGACAGUAAGCCACACUUUGAGAUGCAGCAGCCAUCCCCUCCGAUUCCACCCGUUCAUCCCGAUGUUGAACUGAAAAGCCUACCUUUUUAUGAUGUGCUUGAUGUGCUCAUAAAACCUACAAGUCUAGUACAGAGCAGUAUUCAGAGGUUCCAAGAAAAGUUUUUUAUCUUUGCUUUAACACCUCAGCAGGUCAGAGAAAUCUGUAUUUCCAGGGACUUCUUGCCAGAAAGCAGGAGAGAUUACACAGUCCAAGUUCAGCUAAGGUUAUGCCUAGCAGAGACAAGCUGCCCUCAAGAAGAUAAUUACCCUAAUAGUUUGUGUGUUAAAGUAAAUGGGAAACUGUUUCCAUUGCCGGGAUAUGCUCCACAGCCAAAAAAUGGAAUUGAACAGAAACGACCUGGGCACCCCCUGAAUAUAACAUCUCUAGUUAGGUUGUCAUCAGCAGUGCCAAACCAGAUUUCAAUUUCCUGGGCUUCUGAAAUUGGAAAGAAUUACUCCAUGUCUGUGUAUCUCGUUCGUCAGCUCACUUCAGCAAUGCUUUUGCAGAGGUUAAAAAUUAAAGGUAUCAGAAACCCUGAUCAUUCCAGAGCACUAAUUAAAGAAAAACUAACUGCAGAUCCUGAUAGUGAGAUUGCCACAACCAGUCUGCGGGUAUCUCUGAUGUGUCCUCUGGGAAAAAUGAGACUGACAAUCCCAUGUCGGGCUGUUACUUGCACACACCUGCAAUGUUUUGAUGCUGCUCUUUAUCUUCAAAUGAAUGAAAAGAAGCCUACCUGGAUCUGCCCUGUCUGUGACAAAAAGGCAGCUUAUGAGAGCCUAAUAUUAGAUGGGUAA